AUGUCCAUUUCCUUUCCAGAAUCAUCAUCUUUGGACUUGAUCCAGCCCGCUAUUAACACCAAUGAUGGCUCGUCCCAUCAUCAACCUGACGGAUUCCCUCAUGCGUUCUUAGAGCCUGCAAUGGACAUGAAUUCCACGCAAACUAAGUGCACCACAGAAUAUUCUCAUUAUCUUAAAAACGAGCGACAAACUCUCUAA